AUGAGUCUGAACAUCCCCCCACCACGCCCCUCCGUCAGUGAGCGCAGAGGCCAGCAAUUGGCUCCGCUGCAGACCAACUUCAGCCGUCCUAAUGGCCCGCCCCUGGUCCUUCCCUCGCGCCCACAGCGUCCCCGACCGGAAGAAUACCAGGUCUACGGCGAGACGGACCGAGUCCCCUUGAAUGCGCCGGCCAAGCGACAGUCCUCCAAAUCAAGCCUCCGCACCAUCUUCACUCGCGACAAGCAACCCCGCCGCCCUCACGACAAGCCGCUGUCCGGUAUCGACGAGGCCCAGAACCCCACGCCCCAGGCGGCGGCAGCGGCCGCGGCCCCCUAUCCCCUCCCCCGACGGCUGCCACCUCCAAACGGACAAUCUCAAACCCAUCGGUGGUCGCAUCCCCGACGAGAAGUGAAUGAAGAUGGGGCUCCGGCGGGUGACGUGAUCUGGAAACCACCGCCCCUGUUCCAGGCGUACCCCCAAGCCCUCAAGCAUGACAUACUUCCCGCCCCGGUCUUGUCGGCGGAUUCCAUCCUACGGAUCCACGCGACCUCGAUGGCCAAAUAUCGAGACGAGGCCGCUCAUUCGCACCGGGACGAUUCGGCGGGGGAGAUCGCCGCGCGGAAGAAAAAGGAGGACAAGGAGAGGUCGAAGCAUCUACGUUCCCUGUCCGGGACGAUCAGCAAGGCCGAGUGGACGAAGAAGAUCUUCGUCCUAGGCACCACGGGGUAUAUCAUGCAAUACUCCGGCAGCGGGAAACACGACCGGCUGCCCGAGAAAGUGCUGCAGCUCGGGCCCGCCUCCGUGGCGUUUGCCAGCGACGCCAUCCCGGGGAAGCACUGGGUCCUGCAGAUCUCCCACACGGCCGAGGCCACCGAUCCGACGACCGAGGCCCCUCGCCCGCGCUUUUCUCGCUUUGGCUUCCACCGGUCGCACACCCGCCGGCUGGCGCACAGCUUUCUCCUUGUGUUCACCAGCCCCGAGGACAUGAGCUCGUGGCUGCUCGCGGUGCGCGCCCAGAUCGAAGCCCGCGGCGGUAAGAAGUAUGUCUCCGAGAAGGUCUUCGACGAGGACAUGGAGCACGAGCUGCACCCGAAGUCGAGUGUCCGGCAGCCCGCCAAGAGGGACCCGAACCGGUUCUCCCAGGUCUACCUGCAGCCGCAGCAGUCGGCCGCUCUCGACGACCGAGAAUCCCAAUCCGACGCCCAGUCCCGCCAGGGGUCCAACAUUUCUCUUCAUCGCCGGUCAUUCAUACGGCAGCACACCUCGGACUCUCGCUCGGACUCGGUCUCGACAACUCAUACAGAUGUCACCUCCCCGUUGAAUAAUGGUUCGGGCCGGUUCUACGGCCCCACCACGGACAGUAACUCCAAUUCCCCGGGUACGACUAGCUCUGCGAGCGUCCUCGCCAAUUAUCCUGCGACUCGCUCCAUCAGCCCUCCGCCUCUGAAUGCACCGGCAGAGUCUUCGAUGCGUGUGUCCGUGAAGCCGCCGGUCCAUCAUCCUGCUACCCGUCCUACCAGUCCUCCGCAUGCGCCCUUGAACAUGCCGGUCCAGCCUUCCAUGCAUAUUCCUAGGAACCCCCCGGUUCACCCCUCGGCCCACCCUGCAACACGCCCUACCAGUCCUCCUAUGCACGCGCCUCUGAACAUGCCGGUACCGCCUUCUAUACCUCGUUCCUUCAGCCCUCCCCCGAAUGCGGCCCUAAACAUGCCGUCCCCCGGACUAAGCAUCCAUAGCGGAAUGAGCAACAGCGGACUGAGCAACAUUCAUGAGCCACAGUGGACCUUCCAGGACAACCCUAAAAGACGGUCAUUACGUAUGGCCAGCUCCGAAGACGCACUGUCAGAAACUCUACGACACCACGGGUCCAGUACCCAUCGCCUCUCCCGAAUGGCCCCAAGCAGCAUCAUGACCUCCACCCCCUCCCCCAGAUUCCCCACCUUCGCAGAGGAGGACCCAGAAUCCCCAUACGACGACUUGCCAACUCCACAGCUCCCUCCAGCAAACGGUGACCCAUACUACUACGACCCGCCCCGACCACGGCCACCCGCCUCUCACCAGGCCGACCCAAGUCGCCUCUCAAUGGGCCCGGUAGCCCGGCGGAAAAGCAUGCCCGGCCUAUCAGUCGGGCCCCCCGCAGCCCCUCCCCCCAACUGCCCACUACCCAAGAUCCCAUCUCCGCUACAAGCCUCCCACGCCCAUUUUCCCUCACCGCCGAGGCACGAACACAUCCCCACAUCACCGCCGAGGGAUCCACGCUCGCGCCGGAGGAGCAUAGCCCGGCCGGCGCAUCCUACGCGCGCCCCUGCGCCUGACAUGCGGGUUGCUAGCGCGGGCCAUGCGAGGUUUGAACGGACUUAAUACGUUUGUUUUAGAGGUGCUCCUGUGAUACCCACUGGGCUAGUCGCCCAUUUCUUAUAUAUUGUUUCUUGUAUCAUAUCAUGCGAUUCCCUUCUUCUUUGAUAUCCACGCUCUUUUUUGUCUUGUCUUUAUUUGACAGUCGACCUUGCAUAUGUCCUACUCAUCAUCAUCAUCAUCAUCACCAUCAUCCACCAGCGAUCCAGCGACUUGUUUUCUUUUAUUUCCUUUUCUGGUCUAUCCGUCCAAUCCUACACUAUACAAUACAAUACCCUGGAUAGCUAGCAGCAUCUAUUCUGUUCUGUUCUGUUUGGUUGGUUUGAGUUGGUAUAGUGGCUUGUCUGUAUUGCAUAUACAUACUACUCUCCUACGUACAAUAUUUAGAUGUAUC